CAACGCUCUCGCGAACCGCAAUCGGCACCCCUCCUUAGCCACGAACGUCAGAGCGACGACCUCGCGUCCACACGUGCUCUAACGUUAUCCCCUCCGCACUCCUCAUGACAAGAAUACCCGUCGAUUCCGGACACCUCUUUCGACGUUGACACCCUCUUAAGUAAGCAGACGUCGCGGCGACGAAUGGGCUGGCUUGAUAUCACGUAAAGCGUACAUCAUGAAAACAUCAGCGGCACGUGACGACGCGACCCGCAUCUAACCGCUUCUGAUGUCCUGAUUUGGUAGCGAAAAACUACGGAUCUCCAACAGAAUGCUUGGUUUUAAGACGCGAAGGCCGGCGCCGAUAUCUGCAAUUGACAUGCAGGGCGUAUCUACAUGCCGCUAGUCAGAUUCUACCUGCAAAAAGGCCUCCUCCUUCCUCCUUCCCAACAAGUGCUUCUUGAUCUCAUCUUUUCACGAAUUUUUUUUUUUUUUAAAAAAAAAAAAGAGACCGGCUCAAGCUAACCAAAUCGUUCCUUCGACUCUGCCUGGUUCUUGCUCAAUUGCCUGUGUUGACGUUACGGGCAAACGUGUCAGCGAUAUGGCCCCUCCACCUGCAGCAGUAGAUGUCGCCGCGGUUACCGACACUCAGGGAAUGACUAUUCCAGAUCCCUUUUCUCUGCCUAUCAAGGCGAAUGAGAUCUACGGUCGCCGGAAGAAGACCCUCGCCGGUCAAUGGGGCGUCGCUGCCCCAGCACGAAGCUCCAGUUUCAAGCAUGUCACGCUGAAAAGAAAGCCGAAGGCUAAACGAUGGGACCAUCGUCUGAAUCAGGAAUCGCAGAGUAGAGGUGGCAGCUCCCUCAAGGGCGCCGCGCAGUAUCUGAGCAAACCCGGCAUCAUCUCGCUCGGUGGAGGCUUGCCAUCGUCCGAGUACUUCCCCUUCGAGGAGGUGGCCAUCAAAGUGCCUCAGCCGCCACACUUUUCCGAGGCCGAGACGGCGCAGACGGGUGCGACCCUGCACGCUGGGAAGCACGACCUCAGGGACGGGAAGUCGAUCGUCGACAUCAGUGUCUUGUUCAACUAUGGCCAGGGCCAUGGCUCCGCGCAGCUGCUCCGGUGGGUGACCGAACACACCGAACUUGUGCACUCCCCGCCGUAUGAGGACUGGGAAUGCACCAUGACUGUGGGCUCCACGUCCGCACUGGACAUGACUCUGCGCAUGUUCACCAAUCGCGGGGACUACAUCAUCUCAGAGGAGUACACGUUCGCUACCGCUGUCGAGACGGCCGCCCCGCUCGGCGUCAAGGUCGUCGGCGUCAAGAUGGACGAGCAAGGCCUACUCCCCGACUCGCUCGAUCAUGUGCUUGCCACCUGGAACCCGGUGCAGCGGGGAGGAGCCCGCAAACCGUUUUUGCUGUACACCGUGCCUUCCGGCCAGAACCCGACAGGCGCGACCCAGGGGGCCGAGCGACGGAAGCAGAUUUACCGUGUCGCACAAAAGCAUGAUCUGUACAUCAUCGAGGAUGAGCCGUACUACUUUUUGCAGAUGCAGCCGUACACGGGCCAGGAUGCACCCGACGUGCCGCCUCCCGCGUCCCACGAGGAGUUCCUCAAAAGCCUCGUGCCAAGCUAUCUAAGCAUUGACGUGGACGGACGCGUGAUGAGGAUGGACUCGUUCAGCAAAGUUAUCAGCCCGGGCUCGCGCGUGGGCUGGAUCACGGCGAGUGAGCAGAUUGUCGACAGGUACAAGGUGCACGCCGAUGUUAGCACACAAGGCCCAAGCGGCAUGAGCCAGCUCAUGCUGUUCAAGCUGCUGGAUGAGCACUGGGGCCACGAGGGUUACCUGGACUGGCUGAUCUUCAUUCGGAUGGAGUACACGAAGAGGCGAGACGUCAUCCUCGGUGCGUGUGAGAAGUAUUUGCCAAGGGAGGUUGUGAGCUGGAAGCCGCCCAUGGCAGGCAUGUUUCACUGGCUACAGAUCGACUGGAAAAAGCACCCGCACGCGGCCACCCGCUCCGUCACCGAGAUCGAGGAGGAGAUCUUCAAGGCCAGCAUCGACAAGGGCGCCCUGCUCAUGCGCGGCAGCUGGUUCUACGCCGAGAAGGACGCCGUUCACGAUACGUGCUUCUUGCGAGCCACCUACGCCGCCGCUCCGUCCGACAAGAUCAACGAGGCCAUCCGCAGGUUUGGCGAGGCCGUGCGACAGAGCUUCGGUCUGAAGCCGAUGGAGGAGAGCGAAAAUGGUCAUGCUUAGAUCUCUGAUGCGGUCCGCACUCACUCACACAAUCUCUCUCUGUGAAUGGCGCGCAUACCGUGGCGUUAAAAUGAUUAAUGUGGAGGCUACGUCUUUUAUUUUUUUUUUUUUUAUUUCUUUUCCCCCUUUAAUUUCUCCAAUUGUCAAAACCCGGGGCGACGAGGGCAACGUAAGGAUUCAAUUGGGAAGCAUCGUCAGAGCCCAUGUUCAUGAACGGCGCAUAGCUAGACGAGUAGUCUAUAGAACAUCUGCUUCGUGGCAACCGCCUCGCUUUUUUUGCGUGAAACAUCAUCUCGGGUUUCGCCCGGAGCACUCCAAGAGUUAUUUACUUUUCUA